AUGCCAGGAUUCAAAGCAAAGAGACCCAUCAUUUCACUACCGCCAAAUAGGUCUGGAGGAGAGAAGGAGAUCAAGAUCAAGCCUCUGCAGACUCGGAUAAAGAAGACCCAAGAACAGUAUCAACACAUGAUCCAGACCCGAAUCAGAAAGACCGAGGAGAUCAAACAGUCAAUGGAGCUGAGCAAAAGAAAUAAAGAAAGAGAGAUACAGGCCAGCGUUCAGAAUGCCACAAUGAUGGUAAUUGCCAUUGAGAGAAACCAGGCUUUGCUCAUCGAGGAGAUCGAACGGAAGCAGGAGGUGGCUGAGAAGAGAGCAGAGGAGCUUCUCAAGGAGAUCAGCCAGGAGAUCAAUGAGCUGCAGAAGAGAUGCAGUGAGCUGCACCUCCUGGAGCACACUGAGAACCCAGUUCAGCUCCAGCAGAACUUUUUACAUCUGGACGCUCCGAUGUCCGUCAAGCACUGGGCUGACGUCAGAGUCCAAUCGGAGAGCUACGCACGGACUGUGAGGAGAAAUUUCUCCAAACUGGUCGACAUCUGCCAAGAACUGGAGAGGAAGCUGUGUGCAGAGGUGGAUGUAACUCUGGAUCCUGCUACUGCUGCUGGCUGGGUGGUCCUGUCCCCGGAUAAUAAAAAGGUGAGCUGUAAUUAUCAGACCCCGCUACCUGACGACCCCCGCAGGUUCGACUCCUGCGUCGCCGUGCUGGGAAAACAAAGCUUCACAUCUGGGAAACGUUACUGGGUGGUUCAGGUUGGGGAUAAAACAGACUGGGAUCUUGGGGUGGCCCGGGAGUCCAUCAACAGGAAGGGCGCCAUCACAGUUCGCCCUGAUAACGGUUACUGGGCGAUAUGCCGACGUAACGGUGGAAGCCUGUGCGCCUGCGCUGGGCCCGCCGUCACUCUUUACCUUAAAGAAAUUCCUCAGAAAGUCGGUAUAUUCCUGGACUAUGAAGAAAGCUCGGUGUCCUUCUACAACACAGAGGCAAAGACUCACAUUUACACUUACAGCGGGCUCACUUUCGCUGAGCCGCUGUAUCCGUACUUUAACCCCUGCAUACAUGACAACGGGAAGAACACGGCCCAGCUGGUCAUCUGCCCAAUCGAGGCUGGGAUCACUGUAGACACUUCAGCACGUUGA